AUGCCACGGGUCUUGCCUGAUGCAGUGCUGCGAAUAACUUCUCCGCAAGGACCGCAGCCUAUUGUAAUUAAAAUACCAUCUCGACACAAACACCUCAUACCACUUUAUGUUUUCAUACCACCGACCACAGCCUCUUCGACAGCAGACGACUUGGAACUGUCAGUGCUGGUAGAUUUCCAUGGCGGCGGGUUUGUGUUAGGACACUGUCAUGAGCAGGCACCGUUUUGUGCGAAGCUUUGUCGCGAACUCAACUGCGUCGCUAUCUCAGUGGAUUACCGGCUGGGACCUUAUGCCCAAUUUCCAGCGGCAUUAGAGGAUGCAGAAGAUGUCAUCAAUGCCAUACUAAAGCCAGAGUUAGCAGCGUAUAAAAAAUUGCGUUCCGGCAUCAACGACUUUCUUUUGCAGCACAGACGACCUAAUGUCAGGCUCAACCCGAAUCGUAUCGCCUUGUCCGGGUUCAGUUCCGGAGGUAAUCUCGCCUUGAAUUUGGUCAUGAAUAUUGGCCCACCUGAGCUUCCCGAACUGUGGCCAAGCCCGUUUCCGGCAGAUUAUCCCAGUGAAAUACCGGUGCUGAUGUACUAUGCAACUAUUGAUAUGCGUGAGCUCCCUUCAGUAAGCGACAUAAUUGCAGGCUUCCAUGAUGUGCCCAGGAGUUUCAUCGUAAGGCUAGAGCUUGAGAAGCAUCUGCUGCCAGCAUAUCUGUCAAAUGACAAGAACACAAAUCCAAGAGCAAGUCCCGGGCUAGCGGAUGUCAAGAACGACGGCCUCCAUAGCCGGGCAAGAUGUUUGUUAGUACUUGCAGAAAUGGACACACUGUCGUUGCAAAACGAGAUCUGGUUGCAGAAGGUUUGGGAUGCAGGCCGUGAAAAGGACGUUAGCAUCGAGAAGUUCUUAGGUGUAACACACGGCUGGACGCAGUUUCCAGACUCGUGGUUAGAUGCAGAUGCUCUGAGUCAGAAACAUGAAGCACAAAACAAAGCUGUAGAUUUUGCACGUGGUUAUUGGAAGGUCUAG